AGAAAAGUCAUGUGAUAAAACAAAAUGGCGGUUAUUAAAACACCGUACAUACUAGCCUUAAUCGCUUUUGUUUUAUCAUUUCAUUUAGAUUUAGCUGCGUCAAGAAAUUUUAAAUAUGAACCAAAUUGGGACUCAUUAGAUUCUCGACCGCUGCCAGAUUGGUAUGAUCAAGGAAAAAUUGGAAUUUUUAUCCACUGGGGAGUAUUUUCAGUUCCAAGUUUUAGCAGUGAAUGGUUUUGGUAUCACUGGCAAGGUCCUCAGAAAUGGCCAGCUAUUCAAAAUUUUAUGGCCGCAAACUACCCGCCGGACUGGACUUAUGCUGAUUUUGCUGAACAAUUUGAUACUCCUGCAGGACUUUAUGACCCUGACCACUGGGCAGAUAUUUUUAAUGCUUCUGGGGCAAGGUAUGUUGUUCAAGUCACAAAACACCACGAAGGUUUCACCAGCUGGCCAUCUAAACAUUCUUUUAAUUGGAACUCAAUGGAUGUUGGACCUAAAAGGGAUCUUGUUGCUGACAUUUCCACUGCUGUCCGGAAGUACCCUAAUUUGAGGUAUGGUGUGUACCACUCAUUAUUUGAAUGGUUCAAUCCUCUCUACCUACAGGAUGCAGCUAAUGAGUACAAGACACAAGAGUUUCCAUUUACUAAAACUCUGCCUGAGCUUUAUGAGCUGGUCAAUACUUACAAACCUGAUAUUGUCUGGUCUGAUGGCUGUCCAAGUACUGAUGCCUACUGGAACAGUACAUACUUUCUUGCUUGGCUUUACAAUGAAAGCCCAGUCAAGGAUACUGUAGUGACCAAUGACAGGUGGGGUGGAAACUGCAUAUGUAAACAUGGAGGUUUCUUGACUUGCUCUGAUGGUUACAAUCCAGGAAAACUAAGCACUCGUAAAUUUGAAAAUGCGAUGAAACUAGACGCGUCAUCUUGGGGCUAUCGCAGAGACCUGAAUUUAAAGUUCACCAUAUCUAUAGAGAAAUUGCUUCAGACAGUUGUCAAAACUAUCAGCUGCAAUGGCAACAUUCUAAUUAAUGUGGGACCAACAAAAGAAGGAACUAUACCACCAAUUUUUGAGGAGAGGCUAAGACAGAUGGGCUCAUGGCUUCAGGUCAAUGGAGAGGCGGUCUAUUACUCAAGACCUUGGGUGCAUCAAAAUGACACUCUAACACCUGGAGUGUGGUACACACAAAGAAAAGAAUUCAAUGCAGUUUAUGCUUUUGUUUAUGACUGGCCUGAAGGAGUACUUAAACUUGGAGCUCCUGUCCCCACCUCGCAAACACAAGUAACACUUCUGGGGUCAUACAACCAGGCUUUCACAUAUACUUAUGAGCCAGGACAAAGCUUUAACAUUAACAUUCCCACUAUUCCCUUUAACCAGAUGCCGUGCGAGUGGUUAUGGGUGUUUAAACUUACAAACUUGGAGUAAUGAAAUUCAAAGUUGUUUUUUUUUUUAACUUUAGAAUUUGUUGUUACAAAGUCUUUCUAAGGAGAAACAUUUCAUUGAGUCUUUUUUUUACAGAAUGUUUCUUUAUAAUAUAAUUGCACAUAGUGUAUAGCUUAUGUUUUUUAUCAUGACUGACAAUCUAGUGCAUUUAGCGAGUUGCAAUCUUUCGAUUUGAUGUUUGUUUAUGUUUGAAAUAUACGUAAGCAAAAUCAUUUUCGGCUUUCAUUUUGUUAUAUUCUUUACUUUUUUUUUUGUCAAUAUAUUUAGAUGUUCAUUAAUCAAGGCUUUGACAUUUUUAAAAAUUAUGAAGAGCCAACUUGGCACAAAACUUCAAUAACCUAAAUUGCCAUGAAUAUCUUUUGGUCUGAUUUUCAACAGAUUUAUGGUUGUCCACUAGUCUCUUUUUUUUUU